AUGACUCUGUGCGCCUCCUCGUCUCCGAUCAAGGGAAUCGAGCAUGCGAAGCAAGUGUACGCGCGUCGGCCUCUGAACCGUCCACGGCAUGAGCGCUUCGAACUCCAACAAGUCCGCAUCGUAAUUUCAACUUUUUUUGCUUGUAAUUCAAACUGUUUCUGCAGUUUUCCACCGCCGUUCGCAUUAAUCACGGAGCCAGUUCCUCUCCUUCGAAUCCAUCCGCGAUGCCGCCCAUUGCUCUCAAUCCGGGAAAGAAUCUGAAACAGUUAAUUCAUUUGACUCGUAUCUUGAAAGUCGUUCACAUUUUCAGAGAUUUGGUCACGAAGCCAGUAAGCGAUGCAAGACAAAAGUCUCCGAUCGAGGAACUUCCACUGCUGGAUCGUCGCCCAAUCGAUCGUUUGCGACUGGUGCACACCAACCUUCAACGCAUCCGAAUGGUAAUUAUAGUUUUACUCAACCCGUAAUCUUCUGUCUUUUGCAGAUUUCCUCAAAAGAUCGCGUUAAAAACGGAACCGUUGCCAUCCCUCAGACUUCAACGCCGCCCACAGCUCUAAAUCGGGGAAAUCAUCUGAAGCAGUGAGUUCUUGUGAUUUGUAUCUGGAAAUGCAAACAUUACAAUUUCAGGAAUUUGCUCGCCAACCCAGUGAUGGAUCGCAUCGAGAUGGAAUUGGAUCGCAAGAGGAAACCCCACUCGGUUCCUUUCUCGAACAUCAUUCUGCCAAACGGAGUCGGUCCGAUGCACGUCAAGUCGUCGAAAGUGAUUCUCAAGGAAGCGAUUACUGGAAAGGUUCUUCCGAAGACCAUCCAACAACCAGUGCUCUCGCUUCGCAACCAGCCAUACCCGCUUCCGCGCAAGACUGAAGUCAAGCCGCCGACUCACAAGAAGGAGGAGACGUUCUUUGUGCUCAACGACGAAAGCUGCAUGGAAGUCGACUCGUGCUCCACGGAUGGCGAUGUCAGUUUGAUGGAAGUUGACAGAAGCACGGUGGAUGUCAAGGAAAACGGGGUUACCCAUCCGAGUAACUGCAUGUGGAUCCCUACCACAUUCGAAAGUAAGCAAUAGCUUAUGUUUGCGUUGGGGGCUGAAAAGAAUCACAUAAAUGCUUCAUGAACAUGCAUUUGUUUCCAGACGUCGAUUUGCCAGCUGAUUAUGGCUUCAAGGAGUACAGCAUGAUGGAUUUGUCGGUGUUCAAUUCGUCCACCAACACCGUCGAGAUGAUGGACGUCUAG